GGCCGCUGCAGGGCAACACCCCGGCGUCCCUGGAAGCGGGGAGCCGGGGUGGUGCUGGGGAAGCUGCGCAGAGCCCGGAGCCAGCGCCCUGAGCCUCCGCGGGUGGGGGACAGGCGCGCGAGCCCAGACCCAUCAUGGCCGGAAGACCUAUCCGCAUAGGAGACCAGCUGGUUCUGGAGGAAGACUAUGAUGAGACCUACAUCCCCAGUGAGCAGGAGAUUCUGGAGUUUGCCCGAGAGAUUGGCAUCGAUCCCAUCAAGGAGCCAGAGCUGAUGUGGCUGGCGCGGGAGGGCAUCGUGGCCCCGCUGCCCGUGGAGUGGAAGCCGUGCCAGGACAUCACAGGUGACAUUUACUACUUCAACUUCUCCAACGGGCAGUCCAUGUGGGACCACCCAUGUGAUGAGCACUACCGGAGCCUGGUGGUCCAGGAGCGGGGCAAGCUGUCGGCACCCACCGCCACCAAGAAGAAAGACAAGAAAAAGAAAAAGGACAAGAAGGACAAGAAGGACAAAGAGGCCGCCAAGAGUGCCCUGGCCCCGGGAGCCCCCCUCGCCCCCACGCACGUCCCCCCGGGGGGCCUGGCCCCACUUCGAGGGCUGGUGGACGGCGCGCCUGCCGCGCUCGGACGGACACAGAGCCGGAGCCUGGGCAGCUCGGCCGAGUCGGGGCAGCUUGGAGACCUCCCGCUGCCGCCACAGACUCUCAAGACUCCAGCCGACCCCAAGGGGCUGCAGGGCUCCAUCCAUGAGGACAGGAACACCCUCGGCCUCCUGGGUCUGCGGGGGGAGGCCCCCCAGGAGGAAGCGGCGGACAGUGACCACCAGAGUGUCUGCAGCUCCAGCGAGCUCUUGAAGGACCUGCACCUGGACGUUGGGGCGCUCACCGCGGCCUUUGCCUACGAGGAGUCUCCGCCAACGAGCCAGCUCGAGAGGAGGGACCCGUCUCGGGGCUCCGAGGCCGCCGGCCCCCCUUCUGCUGGCAAGCUCUCUAGCCACGGGGCGGACAGCAGUCUGGGCAGCGGCAAAGGCAGCAGAGGUGGCCCGGGAAGAGAGGAGAGUGCCCACACCCCCGAGAAAGAGCGGUGUGAGAAGAAUGAGCCCCACCCCCUCAGGAAUCUGAAGAGUCCCCAGCCAGACCCCGGGGGCCCUCAGCCUGCCAAAGCCAGCACCAGAGAGAUCCCAGAGGGCCCCCGGGAUGUGGGGAAGGAAGGUUCCAGAAAGGAAGAGGAAGCAAAGGAGCCUUCCCGCCUGAGAGCGAGCUUGUCGGAUGUAAGCGAGGACUUGGACCUCAGCGAGCACGUGGAGAGGCUCCGGCUGUCGGGCGACUCCUCCGACUCCAAGUCCUUCCUGGGCCUGGACUUGGGCUUCCGCAGCCGGAUCUCAGAACACCUGCUGGACGUCAACGAGCUUUCCCCGGUGCUGAAUGGAGGCGGCUGGGAGGCCCAGAGGGUGGGAAGAGGAGACAAGGACAGCGGCCAGUCCGGCUGGGAGGAGUGGCAGAGCCAGCCAACCGGAGGCUCUGAGAGGUAUGAGGGGGCGUGGCCGUGCUGGUGCUGUGGGCGGGGCCGUGCUGGUGCUGUGGGCGUGGCCGUGCUGCCCUGCGUGGUCCUGAGUGUGCACCCCAUGCCCUGCUCUCAGGUGCUGCCAGGCUUGGGUGCUGAGACCUGGCUGUGCCUGGCUGUGGCUUGGGGCAGGUCAGAGUCUCGGCUGCUGAGUCCCCUCCGCCGCCCGGGCCCCAAGGAAGGGUCGCUGGAGCAGGAGGAGGCCGGGGGUCCCCAGGACGACGCAGGCAGCCCCCUCCUCCAGGCCUCCCUGCAGAGGCAGCCCACGGCGCUGCCGGUGGCGCCCCUACAGCAGCCCCCAGAGGCCACGCCCCCGGCCCCCGAGGCGGCGGGGCUGCAGGCACUCGCGCAGGAGGAGCAGCGGCUGCUGGGGCUCCAGCGCGGGAAGCUGCAGCAGCUGCGAGAGAAGCUGCGGCAGGAGGAGGAGGAGGAGAGGCGGCAGCUGCGGCAGCAGCAGGAGAAGUCGCUCAGCUCCCUGAAGGAGCAGCUGCAGCGAGCGGCCCGGGAGGAGGAGGAGCGGCUGCGGGAGGAGGAAGGCCAGAGGCUGGCGCAGCUGCGGGCCCAGGUCCAGUCCAGCACGGCCGCGGACGAGAGGCAGCUCAGAGCCCAGCAGGAGGCGGCCCUGCAGCAGCUGCGGGAGGAGCUGGAGGCCCAGCGGGCCCGCCUGGAGCAGGGGCACCGGCAGGCGCUGGAGCAGCUGCAGGAGGAGCUGGAGGCGGCGGCGCGGCGCCAACGGGCCUCCCUGAGCGCCGAGAAGGAGCAGGCGCUGGGGCAGCUCCGGGAGCGGCUGGAAGGGGAGCGGAGAGAAGCAGCCGCAGCCCUGGAGAAGGCGCACCAGGCCGAGCUGCAGCAGCUGGCUGGCUCCUGGGAGUCUGAGCACCAGCAGGUGGCCCCAGGCCUCCAGAAGCCUUUGGAGGAAAUGGAGCCAGGACAGGGGGGCCCGUGGCAGGAGAGCCUGGGGUGCGCCGAGCUGCUGGCCCGGCAGAAGGCUCAGCACGCACGCGAGUAUGAGCACGAGCUCAGCGCCCUCCUGCAAGAGAAGCGGCAGGAAGUGGAACGGGAGCACGAGCGGAGGAUGGACCGGCUGAAGCAGGAACACCAGCGGGCGCUGGCUGACGCCAGAGAGCAGUACGAGGCACAGGAGAGGAAGCAGAGGACGGAGCUCCUGGGCCACCUCACGGGGGAGCUGGACCGGCUGCACCGCGCCCACGAGCGGGAGCUGGAUCUGGUGCGGCGGGAGCAGGAGCGGCUGCUGGAGGACACGCGGCGCAGCUGCCGGGAGCAGGAAAGGAAGCUCAAGGACCUCGAGGCGGAGCUCGAGAGCAGGUCCAAGGACGUCAAGGCCAGGCUGGCCGAGCUGGACAUCCAGGAGGCAGCGGCCCGGAGAGAGAAGCAGCAGUUCCUGAGCGCGCAGAGGCAGGCAGCGCUGGAGAGUGAGGAAGCCCACUCGGCCCACCAGCGCCUGGACGAGGCCCGGACGGAGCACGCCCACCUGCUGGAGUCCAGCCGGCAGCUGCGCCGCACCCUCGAGGAGCUCCGCGCCUGCAAGUUCGAGCUGGAGACCCAGGUGGACCUGCUGCGGGGUCAGAGCCAGAGGCUGCAGAAGCAAGUCAGCGACCUGGAGGCCGAAGUGCAGAGGAAGCAGGCGGCCCUGACGGAGCAGGCCACCCAGGAGGGCACCCCCGCGGCCCACUUUGAGCCCAGCCUCCGCCUGGAGGACCUGCGGAAUUCCCUGGGCUUGAACCAGAGCAAAGACGGCGCCUCCGCUCCCGACGAGGAACCGGGUCGGUCCCUGAACAGCGCCCAGCACUACCUCUCAGCCGAGGGCGAGGCGCUUCGCAACGCCAGGGAGUUCCUGGUACGCCAGAAGCGCUCCAUGCGGCGCCGCCAGUCGGCCCUGAGGGCCGCACACCAGCGCUGGUGCCACGAGCCGACGAGCGUGCAGGACGCGGCCACCCACCUGCCGGGCAGCAAGGCCACUGGGGACACGGACCAGGUGCUGAAGGAGCAGCCCUCCAGAGGCAGCCAGGGGGGGACCCCCACGAAGAAGUCAGUGACCUUCGACCUCAGCGACACCGAUGACUCGAGCACCGACACUUCCGAGUCCUCACGGGCUCAGCCGCCCCCGUCCCAGCGGUCCCCCCACCACCGAUACCAGUCCCUGCACAGCGACCUCCAGCGCGUCAGCAGGCAGCUCAGCGGCAUGCUGGGUCUGCUGGCCAGCCCGGACCCGCGGCCGCCCCUGCCACUGCUCACGGCCUCGCCCCUGCAGCCCGGCACCCCCAGGGCUACCUACCCCGCCCCGCUGUCCACCUCCUCGUCCACAGCCUCCACCCUGGCCUCCCAGUGGGCCUGGGCCCCGGGCCCCCCUCUUGCCUCUGUGACGCAGACCGUGGACGAUUUCCUGGUGGAGAAGUGGCGCAAAUACUUCCCCACUGGGGUCCCGUUCUUCAACUGCGGCUCCCCUCCGCUGAGCAACCGGCUGGGUUACGUGUCUGCCAGCGAGCAGCUCCGCCUCCUGCAGCGACCCCACUCCCAAGUGCCCCCUGGGGUGGGCGGCAGCAGCAGCUUCGAGAGCUUGCUGGAGGCUAACCGGAAGUGGCUGCGGAGGUACAGGAAUGACCCCAAGUCGCAGCUCUUCUCCAUGCCCAAGCCCCCGGGCUCCGCGAGCCUCCUGCAGCUGGGCCUGGACCCGCAGAACAGACUGAACGUGCAUUAUUUCUGAGGCCCGGGGCCCGGCUCUCUCCUCCCUGGCUGG